AUGAAAGGCUUUAUUUAUCUGAGGGUAAGCACUUGGCAGUUUAGGCCACAACUCAAUUUAAUGGAUCAAUUUGCUAUAAGAUUAAUACUCUUUUGGUUAUUACACCAAGGGUUCAUAUUUCUUGAUACUCAAUUAAAUAAAACACCAGACAACAGACAUAUAAAGGCAUGCCAUAUGGGAGGAAACAGUAUUGACAGGUGAAAAUUACAAGCUGUUGACAGCCUUAUUUGAAACAACCUAGGUGAUUGGCUAAAAACGGAAAUCAGUUCUUGAUAUUUUAAUUUGAUUGGUCCAUGCAUGAAACCUUUUCAAGACUAAAACAACACUGCGUAAUUCUGUAAUCCUAUUGGUCCAGAAGUGAACUGCUUUUCUAGCGUGAAAGGUCAAACUUGUAAUGUCUGGUUCUUAAUGAUUCUUGUCUGGUUUGUUUUGAUUCACUGUUGUUAUUAAAUACUAUAACUCCGGAUCUUAUUAUAGAGUAAUGCUUAAAUAAUGGUACUAGAUUCUGGCUUUCCAUUACAUAACCAAAGUACUGCUCAAAAGUCUUAUCAUCAUCAGGCAAUUAAUUUGCAUUAUAAACCCAUAUCUCUAAGUUCUUCUUCAGAAACAUCACAUUUGUGGUCUUUGAAACCACUGUUCUUAGGUAGGUAAUACAGUUCAUUCAGUCAAACCAUGCUGGGCAGAUUUCUCAGAUGCUGGUCCUGGGGUCGGAUGCAACAACUUUGAAGUGCAGUUCAGAGAUGAGGAAAUGGCAAUUUUGCAUAACAGCGACUACCGUAUCAGGCUGCGUUCAUCUCACGAUAAUUCUUCAGACAAUGAAGCCAAAAGAACUAACAGUGCGAUCGGGGACAGCAUAGUGGAUGUUUCUACGCUAGCAUGGAACCAGUACAAACGGUUUGAUGGACUGAGCGAUGACGAGACUAGCAAGUUAACAGUUAAGGUAAUUGUAAUAUGUAUGUAUGCAGAUGAGAUAGAUGGGGAGCCACUCACAUGGAUAUGCUAUCAUUGUUACCAUUAUUAUUAUUACUAUUAUUAUUAAUAAGGAGUUUGAGGAACACAAAUUGGCACAAAUGCAGAAGAAUGCAUGGUACUGCGCAGAGGAGAUUAAAAAACGGAUUGACGGAGCACCCGUUUUAAUGAAUAUAUCAAGUCCUAUGUCACACCAAAGGACAGCAUCUUCUUCUUCAACAAAAGAUACCUCAAGUAGUGUCAGAGUGCAACCUCAGCCACAGGAAAGCAAAAUGUGCCAGGGUAUCACUAUAUAACCAAGAUUAUGACCUUCCUUGAGAGGCACUACCGCAUUGGCGAGCUCCAUAUGGAAUACGUCAAAGAAGGGCUGCGAAGAGAAAGGAGAGAUUUGUGACAGAUGCCAAGAGAUACGUUGGGUGGGGCUGAGGUUCUCUAGGGUUACAGCAACUUACCCGGACCCAGAAAAUCCUGGCCACUACAUGAACAUGUUCGAGAUACCGACUACCACAAAUGAUGAACAACGGCAGGUUGAUGAUUUCACCCCGAGAGCCAAUUUAAAGUGACUUUUCAAAGACAAUGCCAUUUCGUCUGGCGAUAGUGAGAAGGUGAAAGAGGCAGCGAGUCGGUAUUUUGUUGAGGAGAAACAUGUGCUAGGAUAAAUCAGAUAUCUUGAAGAACUGCAAGUUGUGUCUGCGAUAAGAGAGGAAGACUGAAAGAAAAAGCAUACAGCUGAUAAUAACAAGGUGUAUAAAGAUUAUGACUGGGAAAAUAUAACAACUUCUGGGAAGCUUGGCCACACUAAAGGAGCUGGAGAAGUACAUCAAGGAGCACAAUUUAUCUUUCAUGGGGAAGAAAGAUAAGGUCAAACGAAUCAGGUCUGACUUCUACAUCAACAGAUCUGCAAAUACAGACCCAGAGGAUCAUGAUGUUUCAGGCUCAUCAGAAGAUGAAACAUCAGUUGAAUCUACUUAUAUUGACAAACUAUAG